AUGUGCAGAGCAGGUCUGGCUGAAGACGGAUAAUUCCUGCACACAGCCACUUCUGACGAUGGCGGCCAAUGAGGUAGAUGUUUUCGCAAAUGAGGAAAAGCGAAACCUGGAGCUCGGAGGUCACGUGGGGUUUGACAGUCUUCCAGAUCAGUUGGUCAGCAAAUCAGUUGCCCAGGGAUUCUGCUUCAACAUCCUCUGUGUAGGUGAGACCGGGAUAGGCAAGUCAACAUUAAUGAACACUCUUUUCAACACAUCAUUUGAAAAUGAGGAGGCCAGCCACUAUCAGAGUGAGGUACAGCUACGCCCACAAACCUAUGAUCUGCAGGAGAGCAAUGUCAACCUCAAGCUGACCGUUGUGCACACUGUUGGGUUUGGAGACCAGAUCAACAAAGAAGAAAGCUAUAAACCCAUUCUUGAAUAUAUUGAUACCCAGUUUGAAAGGUAUCUUGAGGAGGAGUUAAAAAUAAAACGCUCCUUGUUUAACUGCCAUGACACAAGAAUCCACAUCUGCCUGUAUUUCAUCGCUCCCACUGGACACUCCCUCAAGUCCCUGGAUCUCGUCACAAUGAAGAAGCUGGACAGCAAGGUGAACAUCAUCCCUGUUAUUGCAAAGUCAGACACCGUAUCCAAGAGCGAACUGGACAAAUUGAAGAUCAAGAUUAUGAGUGAGCUGGUCAGUAAUGGAGUGCAGAUCUAUCAGUUUCCUACAGAGGAUGAAGCCGUUGCAGAGAUCAACACCUCCAUGAAUACUCAUCUUCCCUUCGCUGUGGUUGGAAGUGUCGAAGACGUAAAAGUCGGAAAUAAGAUGGUGAAAGCAAGACUGUACCCCUGGGGAUCAGUACAGGUGGAAAAUGAAAACCAUUGUGAUUUUGUGAAGCUGAGGGAGAUGCUACUGCGUGUGAACAUGGAGGAUCUCAGAGAGCAAACACACGCUCGACACUAUGAGCUCUACCGUCGCUGCAAGCUAGAAGAGAUGGGCUUCAAGGACACAGACCCGGACAGCCAGUCGUUCAGCCUUCAGGAGACUUACGAAGCCAAAAGGAAGGAGUUCCUUGUGGAUCUGCAGCGCAAAGAGGAAGAAAUGAGACAGAUGUUUGUCAACAAAGUGAAGGAGACGGAGGCAGAGCUGAAAGAAAAGGAAAAAGAGCUUCAUGAGAGGUUUGAGCAGCUAAAGCGGAUGCACCAGGAUGAAAAGAAGAAUCUGGAGGAGAAAAGAAGAGAACUGGAGGAGGAGAUGAAUGCCUUCAAUAGAAGAAAGGUUGCAGCUGAGACACUGAUGGGACAGGCACUCCAAGGAUGCUCACAACCAUUCAAGAAGGACAAGGACAAGAAGAAUUGAUUUAUGGAUCAAACAUCCACGGAAACGAGGAAUGUGUCUGCCAUCAGCAUGGGAACAGAGCCUGUCAUAUCUGACAUUACUAACUGACACUGUAUGUGUGGACAGUGCACGUAUGUCAGCCUGAACAAUGUGAUGGCUAGAAGCCACUGUGUACUUAUGGAUCAAAAACGUAGCUUUGCUCAGUGUAUUUAAUUUGUCCCCAAUGCUGACUCUGCUAGACACACAGACCAUGGACUGUUUUCAUAACAUGUAGCUCGUGUUGUUUUAUGUUCUUGCCAUGAAUGUGUGCUCAUGUCCUGUUGUAGAACAGCAGACUUGUGGUUACUGACUGAAUAGAACCGAUGGCUGUGAUUUAUGUAUUAACAUGGAGCAUUUGUGUGUUUUUAUACAUGCAAUUAUUCAUGAAUUGAAUGGUCUCCAAUAGUGUUUUUAAAAAAUAAUUUCUAAUAAUGUACAUAAAAGUAUUCAUAAUUUUUUAUUGUUUGUAGUUUAAGGUAAGAAAAAAAUAAUUGUCUAUAACAUUCUGUGCAAAGUUAUUAAGAAAAUAAUUUUAUUUACAGUAAAUCUGAAAAGGAGUAAAUAUGUUGCCAUAUUUUUUUAUUCAAAUAAAUGAUGUCAAUGGAAAAGAAAACAGUGCAUCAGUUCAUCUGUUGGUCAGUUGAACCCAUUCCCCUUAAACUCUCUCAUCACAUCACAUCACAUCAGGUCAGUCAUUUGUAUGAUUCAUUAUCAUGAUGUACCAACACAUGGUUUUCUGAUUUUGACUGGUGAGCAGUGUUUCUGUCAAUUCAUUAUCCAUUUAAUUCAAUUUUUGGCAGCAAACAGGACAAAUAAAAUGCUCAUUAAACUUAUCAUUUGCACUAAACAUCAGUAUUUCAUAACUUGUUAAGGUUUGACUAAUGAAUAUCAGAUAAAUGACAUGAUUUUUCUUUCCUUUUCAUAGCUUCUUUAGUCUUCCAUCUGCGUGCUCCUUAACCUCAGGAAGGAAUUUGAAUUAGAAGACUUUCUACUACAUCAAAAGAUCACAGACUAACAAUCAAGUGUAUUAUUUUUACAAUGUGAAAUAACUGUUUUAUAGAAAUGCACUUAACAUCCCUGGAAGUGAUUCAGCCUGAAGUCCUCCAUGUCUACUAAACUCUCCUUUAAGCUUCUAAGCAGCUCUGUAGCAUGGUCUCUGCAUGGCUCCUAACCUUCAUUCCUGAAAGUGUUAAAGGUCAUUGCCAAAAUCUCAGUUUUUGUACUAAAUGUGCUACCCUCAUCGAUCUGCCAUCAUGUUAUGCUUGUAGCUUUUUGACUGAUGACGAUUUACACUGUGAAAUAUAUAUUAUAAAGUGAUAUUAUAUUGCUGUUGAAUGUUGUAAGGAUUGUACAUUAUAUUAUGAUUUAGAAGCACUUUAAACCAGUCAUAGUACAAAUACUAUCUUUAAUCAUUAACCAAGGUGUCCUAUCAUGCUAACAUGUCAGCCCGUAUGUUGUGUUAAACAGAUCUAGAUCUAGAAAUAUUUCAUAGUUUCAAACUGCAAAGACCUACAUAUAUACAUUAUAUAUACUGUUGUUACGUUAUAAAAGCCUGGAUUUAUAUAAAUUCAGGAUGAAAUCUCUUUAUGUCAGUACAUCUAUAGUGGGUCUGUGUGGGCCUGCUUGCAGAUUUGUAUACCCUCAUGUAAUAAAGACUUACUUUACUGAAAA